UCGCUUUCUCUCUCUAGAGCCUCAUAAAGAUUCCUUUUUUUUUCAGAUUUAGAUUUUGAUAUAAAAAUCUAAUUUUCAGGGGAAAAUACCUAAAACCCAGAAAUUUAUUUUCCGUUUCCGUGCACUUGCUUAUAUAUAUAUAUAUAGACAGAGAGAAAAACAGAGCUCCUCUGUCUAUCGAGGUUUGUAUGAUCGUGGGACAAAGAGUUCUGCAAGAGAACUGUUCUCUCUCACAAUGAAGUCAUCUUUCAAUAGUUCAGUUUCAGGUUCGAGUAAUAAUUUCCCGAUGAAUAUCUCAAGAGGAGCUCCAUUCGGGUUUGAUGCUUUCAAUGCCUCAAGCGAUGCAUCCCUCUUUUCCAGUUCACUCCCGGUUCUUUCGCAUGAGAGAUUAAACCAAACUGUUGGUGGAAACUAUUAUAAGGCUGUCGAUGACAUUGCUUCCGCCUUGAAUAAAUCAAAUGGGGACCUUGAGAAUUUGCUUGAUGAUGGGGACUCACAUCUGAUUGGAAGCUUGCUUCCCGAUGAGGAAGAGCUUUUUGCUGGGAUAAUGAAUGAUCUCGACUUAAGCGGAGUGCCCAAAUCCAAUGCACUGGAGGAUAUGGAAGAGUAUGAUGUGUUCGGUAGUGGAGGAGGUUUGGAAUUGGAGACCGAUACACAGGACAGCUUGAACAAGGGUUUCCCUAGAAUUGGUUUUCCCGACACUACCUUUGAGAACAGCCUGCCUCAAUACAUUUUCCAAAAUGGAGCAGGAACAAUUUCCGGUGAGCAUCCCUAUGGCGAACAUCCUUCAAGGACACUGUUUGUUCGGAAUAUCAACAGCAAUGUCGAGGAUUCUGAACUGAGAGAUCUUUUUGAGCAAUAUGGGGAUAUCAGAACCCUGUAUACUGCCUGCAAGCAUCGGGGUUUUGUGAUGAUUUCUUAUUAUGAUAUACGUGCUGCUCGGGCGGCUAUGCGUGCGUUACAAAACAAGCCGUUGAGACGGAGAAAACUCGAUAUUCAUUUCUCGAUCCCCAAGGAUAAUCCGUCGGAAAAGGAUAUCAAUCAAGGAACGCUGGUGGUUUUCAACUUGGAACCGUCAGUUUCAAAUGAAGAGCUCGAAAAGAUAUUCGGGGCCUAUGGCGAAGUCAAGGAGAUCAGGGAAACACCGAAUAAGAGGCAUCACAAAUUUGUUGAAUUUUUUGACGUUAGAUCAGCAGAGGCUGCCCUCAAAGGGCUAAACAGGAGUGACAUUGCCGGAAAACGCAUCAAACUUGAACAUAGUCGUCCUGGUGGUGCUCGCCGAAAUUCGAUGUUGGUAAAUCUAGAACUUGAUCAAGAUGAUUCAUGCGGUUACCUCCACUCACCUUUAACCGGCUUGUCUCCCGGAAAUUUUCUUAGCAGCCCUGCCAAACAUAGUCCUCAUCAAAGUAUCAGUAAGUCUCCAAUAUUUGGACACUUGAGUCCAACAACCAGCCGCUUUUCCGGGCUCUCUGCUCUUCUGCAGCAUUCUCAAGGAUCAAACCCAUCGAAGGCUGCAACCAUGAACAACGAGCUAGGAAGAAGGGUGGGUCACUUGGAGAAUUUGCUUUCAAGUAGCUACAAUUCGGGUCAUGGAGCUUCUGCCUUUCCCGAAAUGGGCCUCUAUCGUGAAACUGCUACUUCCUCAGUCGGUUCUUCAAACUUGAACAUGGCUCAUGUAGAAAAAUUAUCUGGAUCACAGUUUCUGUGGGGAAGCCCAAGUUCUUCGGCUAACUGGCCGACUUCUUCAAGUCAUGGUAAUCUGUUCUCUUCAAAUGGAAAAGCGCCCAUAUUUCCUUACUCUACUCAGCAUGGUUCUUUCCAUCACCACCAUGUCGGUUCUGCGCCAUCUGGGUUCUUCCCGAAAUCUCCAGAAACUUCAUUCAUGGGGCCAGCCCCUUUUGGAGGAACAUCAGGAGGGGUCCACAUCAACAACUCCAGCACUAGUGUUCCAAGGAACGCACGUGAAACCGGUUCUCCAAGUUUCAGGAUGAUGUCUUCUCCUAGACAUAGUCAUCUGUUGUAUAUGAACAACAGUUCUUACCCCAGGGUGCCUGCAACUGGAGCCAUUGAUUUGGAGCAUGGGAGGGGCCACCGGCUUGAGACCAGUACGAACCAGUUAGACAGCAAGAAACAGUUUCAGCUUGACUUGGGUAAAAUAAUUAGCGGAGAAGAUACCCGGACAACCUUGAUGAUAAAAAAUAUCCCUAAUAAAUAUACCUCGAAGAUGCUGUUAGCUGCUAUCGAUGAGACAAACAGGGGAACUUACGACUUUCUGUAUUUACCGAUUGAUUUUAAGAACAAGUGCAAUGUGGGUUAUGCUUUUAUCAACAUGAUAUCUCCUAAGCAUAUCAUUCUGCUCUACGAGGCAUUUAACGGAAAGAAGUGGGAGAAAUUCAACAGUGAAAAGGUUGCGUCUUUGGCAUAUGCAAGGCUCCAAGGAAAAGCAGCGCUGGUUGCUCAUUUCCAGAACUCAAGCUUGAUGAAUGAGGACAAGCACUUCCGCCCCAUUGUCUUUGAUGCACCUCCUCAAUCCAGCUUCCCGAUGUUCAUAGAGCAUUCACAGCCGGACGGUUUCAAUUUUCUGGCAGCAGCUAGGAAGGACGCUUCCAGUGAGAACGGACAGCAGCGCUGAGCUGAACAUUCUGAGUGAAUGUCCUUCCUCAGCCUCUGAUAAGCGUAAAUAUGUUUUUUUUCCCUCAAGAAUAUGGGUUUUAGGACAGAGAUGGUGAAGAACAUCAACUGUGAAGCUGCAGUGUACAUUAGUGUAGGGAUUUCAUGGACUUCCCAUAGGGUGCAGCCAUAGAAGAAGGGUUUUUUUUUUGGGGGGGG